UGGAGAGUGGGACACGGAUGACUUUCUGGUAGCUUCGUCUUCUUCUAAAAGAAUUACAACAGAUAGUGAUGAUGCAGAUACGUUUCAUUUGCCGUCAGACGAUGAGUAGGACUCAUAUGACAUACCGUAUGCUGGUAUUCAAAGCACUGGAUCCAGAACACAUGGACAGGAGCAAAAAUCAUCCAACGUUGCAGCACUUGCGGAGCAGCAAAGUGUGACUCCAGAGCGAAUCCGCAGCCAUGACAUGGAAGACACAGACAGCACUGAUAGCCACAUUCCUUGUGGGCAGCAGAUCGAACCGGAAGAAGACAGCCAUCGUACAACGGAAGACGAAAAUCAUGAACAAAGCAGACAGCAGGACAGACAGAUCGAGCCCGAUCAUUGGUUAAACGGUGGCUCAUUUGUUGACGGCUCUGAGGACAGUAACAGCAAUAACUCGAACAGGCAACACCGCGAAGGGCAUUGGUUUGGCAGUACGGAUGGCGAUCGUAGCUACUGGACAUUCAAGUACAGCGAAACACGGGUAGUGCAUCGGGAAUGGUACAGCUGCUAUUGUAGGAGCAGCAGCAACGACAGCAGCACCAGCACCAGUAACAGCACUUGCGGCAAUAACAGCAACGCUACCAUAGAACGCACCAACAUGCACGGCGAACUGGAUCGUGGCAGAAUGUUACUACCUGAUCACGGGCCAACUAACGCAAGGCAAGCCGAAGAUCUUGAUCAUGCCACUCGCGAACGGAACUGUGGUUCGAGUCGUCAGGAACGGGCGCUUCAGUGUCCUUAUCCACGUCGGUAGAACGGGCAAAAAGGUGUGCAAAUAAGCAUCUCUACCAAGACGUAAAUAGUAAAAAGUGAGUUAAAAGUACUUACGUCACACUCUGGUUCAGUAGAAGAAUCAUCUGUCAACGACCUCUUGGUAGACGAUGUUGCUUGUGGACAUCGUUCCUUCCUCCUUCCUCGUCAGCGCGUU